AGGAGCAGACGCUCAAAACCUUCCUUCACUCCUCUUCUGUCAACUUCACUGCUCCUACUGGCCCAUAGCCUGUGGUAGGGCAUAGGCCAUCAACGACCACUCUCCAUUUGUCCUGGUCUUGGUCAAUCUUCUCCAGUUCCCUCCAGUUGUGUCCUGUUUUUGUCAUCUCUGCCUCAAAGUCCCUGUGCCAGCUGUUCCGUGGUCUUCCUUGUUUCCUCCUUCCCUGGGGAAUCCAUGUUAGGGCCUUCCUGGUGAUGUUGUUUGAGUGUCCCAGCCAUUUCUAUUUCCUUUGCUGGAUGAAUCACUCUCCACUGGUUCUUGUCCUGUCAUCUCCCAUAAUGCAGCAUUGCUGAUCUUCUGUGGCCAGUAGAUGUUCAGUAUCCUUCAGAGGCAUCUAUUGAUAAAGACGUCCAGAUGUUCUUGAGGGCUACGAAGGCUGCACGAGCUUUUCUGAUUCUUGCUGCAAUGUCCUCGUCUGUGCCAGAUCACACUCCCUACUGACUAUAAGAAUGGAGAACUGUGGCCAGCCUGCAGAGGUACAGACCCUUAACAGCUUGCCCUCUGUGGAUGUUACUCCUGACCUCACUGAGGACCUGAAUGAACAAUUAGAAGACAUCAUCAGUUUUUAUAAGGAAGCCGAGAAACCCGUUGAGAAUGAGGAGCUGGAGGAACAGGCAGUCACAGAUGUAAAAGGGUCUGGAAAGGCCAAAGAUCCCAGGCAAGAAAAGAAAAUGCUGAAAGGCCUUGGGAAGGAGGCCAUGCUUCUUAUGCAAAGCCUGAACAAGCUUGGUAGUCCUGAGCAGAAACUGGAAGCUCUUAUAAAGAAGCAUGCAGAGCUGCUGGAAGAGUACCACUCAGAUCAUAAGCAGCUGAAAAUGCUACAGAGGAAAUUGCUGCAGGUGAUGAAGGAGAAAGAUCAGCUGCAGAGUGAACACAGUAGAGCAGUGCUGGCCCGGAGUAAACUUGAGGGGCUUUGCAGAGAGCUGCAGAGACAUAACAAGACAUUGAAGGAGGAGACCCUUCAGAGAUGUCGUGAGGAUGACCUGAAGAGGAAGGAGAUCACUACUCACUUUCAGAACACGCUUACAGACAUCCAGGUCCAGAUCGAGGAGCACAGCAACCGUAACAACAAACUGUGCCAGGAGAACAGCGACCUGGCUGAGAAACUCAAAGGCCUCAUUGCCAAAUAUGACCAGCGAGAGGCGAAUCUUGAGAAAAUAUUCAAACACAGAGACCUACAGCAGAAGCUGUUGGAAACCAAACUUGCUCAAGCAAAUGCAUUGCUGAAAGAUGCUGAAGAGAAGCACAAGAUGGAGAGAGCGCAUUUACUGAAGCAAACUGCUGAAGCCAAACUACAGGUGACACUUUCGAAACAACAAGAAACUGACAUGAAGGCUCAGCUUGCUAUGUAUUCUGAGAAGUUUGAUGAAUUCAGAGGAGCUGUAUCAAAGAGUACUGGGGUUUAUGCCAGCUUCAAACAAGACAUAGAUAAAAUGGCAAAAAAGAUGAAGAAGCUUGAAAAAGAGGCCAGUUCAUGGAAAUCACGCUUUGAUGGCUGCAAUAAAACUCUUAUUGAAAUGGUUGCAGAUAAAGCAGUGAAGGAGAAAGAGUUUGAGCUUUUCACUUUAAAGACACAAAAACUGGAGAACCUCUGCAGAGCACUACAGGAAGAGAGAAGGAGCCUCUAUCAGAAGCUACAGGAAUGCCAACCACCUGGAGCUGCAGAAGACACAGCAAACAAAACGGAGGUAGCAGAAGAAAUAAAAAGCAUCCAUACGGAACCAAAGAGCCAUGAAGAAGUACUUAGUGAGUCCACUACUGCUGCAACAUCUCUUACUAAAGAGAUAGAGAAUGUGAAGUUGGGAAAGUCCAGACUUGAAGAAGUAGCAACAACGUUUACAAUAUCUCAUAUCCGUGAGCAGGCAGUUUUCCCUGCAGAAGCUAAUGAGGUUUCAGGACACUCUGAGAGCUUACCAUUGUUUCAAGAAACUGCAGAGAACACCAGUGAUCUGGAGUUUCACGUUGAAGAAGAGAUUACCCCAUCCACAGAAACACUGUCUGAUAAAAAUCAAGAGAUUAGAGACAAAGAAAUGGAGAGUGUUGACUAAACUUCUUGAAUAAAAAAACCCUUCAUCUUUUAUAAUAUACUAAAGAAGCCAUCAUAAUUUAACAAAUAAACGUGCAAGUG